GGUCAAAGGUGGUCUCGGCUGUGAGUUCUUGUGGGACCCAAAAGAGCGUUACUUUCUUAUUAUCAUUGAAUACCGUUGGCGUUACAACACUCACACCACUGUGCCUUCUCCUUCUUCUUCAGUCAUCGUGCUUCUGUGUCAGCGACUCGGUGGUGGUGAGAAAAUGACGGCGGCCGGAGUAGCAUCGGAGAAGACGAAGAAGCUAUUCAAGCUUAGUCUUUCUCUCUUCCGUCUUGGCUUCAACUCCUCCAAAUGCAAAACGGCGGCGAAGAUGGCUGUAGCUCGAAUAAAGCUUCUGAGGAACAAGAGACAAGUUGUGGUGAAGCAAAUGAGGCGUGACAUUGCCCUUCUUCUUCAGUCCGGUCAAGAUGCCACUGCUCGGAUCAGAGUUGAGCAUGUGAUUAGGGAGCAGAACAUUCUUGCAGCAAACGAAAUCAUUGAGCUUUUCUGUGAACUCAUUGUUUCAAGACUCGCUAUCAUCACCAAACAUAAGGAAUGCCCUGUGGAUCUUAAGGAAGGCAUUGCUAGUUUAAUCUUCGCUGCGCCUAGAUGCUCUGAGAUUCCGGAGCUUGGAGAUUUGAAAGACAUCUUUGAGAAGAAGUACGGUAGAGAUUUUGUUUCUGCUGCUACUGAGUUGCGUCCUACCUGUGGGGUUAACCGGAUGUUGGUUGUUAAGCUUUCGGUUACGCGUCCCGAAGGAGAAUUCAAACUGAAAGUCAUGAAGGAGAUUGCAAAGGAGUUCCAGGUUGAUUGGGAUACUAAAGAGACAGAACAAGAGCUUCUCAAACCUAAAGAAGAAACCAUUGAUGGGCCACGUGCGUUUAUUAGCGCCUCAAGCUUACCAGUUGAACGUGCUUCUCAAGAUCUCAUUGAUCCUACCAAAGCAGUGCCGAGAUCGAGUAGUAGCCUGAGCAUCAACAAGCAUUAUCAUGACACAGAAUCAGCAGCUGAAGCGGCAGCUGAAUUAGCCAAGCAGGCGGUUGAAGCAGCACAAGUAGCAGCCUUGUUAGCUAACAGAAGAGACAGCACCACGGAGGAUCAUUAUCAUCCAGGUUCAACAAGACAAUCCCUAGAUUCUGAAACAAGCUCCUACUACGCCAAACCUUAUGUCAGAAGACACAGCUGCAACAAUCCGUGUGUAAAUAAUGAAGCUGACCACAUGGAAGAAGCAAAGGAAGCAGUGAGGAGGAGACACAGCUACAACUCUCCACCACUACCUCCUCCUGCAACUUCUGAGAUCAAGUUUGAUGAGUCAGACUAUGAGGAAGAGACAGAGCCAGAAGAAGGAUUACUGCAGAGUCGUGCUUCUUCCCUCCCACCAAACCGAGCACCGCCUCAGGCUCCUCAGUCGAGAAGGGACUCAAGCGGUCACCAAGUUCACCCAAAACUGCCUGACUAUGAUACUUUGGCGGCACGUUUUGAAGCAAUCAGACACAGUAAAGGGCCAUUGAUCUGAAAGCUGGAAACUUCACUUACUCCUCCUUUAUAUAUAUAAAUAGAAAUAAGAUCACCUUUUGGAUUUAUGCAAUUAUUGUAUUUAUUACUUUGGUUUAGUCAUUGUGUAUGAAGAAGAAAGAAACAUUAUGUUUUUA